AUGCUCUCUAUAUGGCGGAAAUAUGGCAUAGCUACGGCGGCGGCAGCAGCAGCAGCGGUAGGGACAGUGUCGCGAUCUACGCUAGUCAAGACCUUCACAGUACACUACUCCCUCUCCACCUCCACCGAGACCACCACCACAACAUCAAUACCCGCUUUCAUCCCAACUAACGAGAAACAACGGGCCUUUUUAAACAGACAGACAGAAAAGGAUCUAUUCUCAAGAAAGACCUACUUGCUCGACCUCUACAAGCACAUGAACGACACCAACGAGAUCAUCUUGUACGUCCACCACAACAACUUGACCAAGUCGGAGAACCAGCAUGUGCGUGAAGAGAUCAAAAAGAUUGGCGCCGUCAAGAACGAACAGGGGCUAUACGUUGGUGGUGCCCGCUAUACGAUGUUGAAGAACUCGAUAUAUUCGUUGUAUCUUCGUUCUAGCCAUGAGGUGGACCCCGCGGCUAAGGGAAUGACGCUUAAGAAUAAGGAUCGCAAGCAUCCGUUGUUGCCUUUGUUGGCGGGUCCCACUGCGUGCAUCACGAUUCCGGAAUGCGAGCCCAGCGCCAUUCUGCAAGUGCAGAAGAUCUUGAAGAAGAUGAGCGACAAGUUGAUUAUUAUUGGUGCGCAAGUGGAAAAGAGCAGCGUGAUGAAUGCUGCCGAGUUGAACCUGUUUAAAAAUUUGCCGGACAAACAAGGGUUGCAGGGUCAAUUGUUGGGGUUGUUGACUAUGUCUGGUGGUGCUGGCUUGGUUCAGACUUUGGAGACACCGGGCCAUUUGUUGUAUUUGACGAUGGACACUAGAGCCAAGGAUUUGGAUCCCGAGGCUGAGAAGUGA